GAAUCCGCGUGCACACAGAGCCUUUUCCGAGAGUGGGGGUUCCGCUUCAACGGACUUUCUCGGGACCAUGACCCCUAACGCACAGGGGACUUCUGCGAUAAUCGGUGGAUACCAGAACAACUGCGUUGGUGCUCAGGAUCAGUCUUUUUACGGAUUCCCUCUAACCUCCGAGAGUCUUGAUACCACUAACUUCUAUGUCCUCGACAGAAGAUUACAUUUCCCUGUACCAAGAGGGGCAACUUUGUUCGUCUUUUCUCGAAGACAUGACUGUCAUCUUCUGCAGAAAGUUUCUUCGUAUACAUGAUUAGUCUACAACUUACUCCCGACCGUCUUUUCUCUUACAUUUUAAACAGAUCCCAAUAAUCACAUCUUCCUAAGAAGAUGUUAAUGUUUUUUAUUCUCUGUCUUCUAAGAUGCGAGCGGUUCGAGUAUGAAUGGCACACUCCUGCAAACGCAGCUUGCAGAUGGAGGGUCAUCUCAGGUGACCUUGGGGUACUCGACGCAAACUGUGUUGCCUCGCACGGCAUCUUCCGGCUCUUCAGCAGCCAGACAGUAUGCACGGAUGACUCCAGGAGAAGGCGAGUCGUUUCUAGAAGACGGCACUGUCUUAGGAGCCUCCGUUGUCGCUACAGUACCACCGAAGAUUUCUAAGGGGGACGAUGCAGAACUCGCCACUGUCGGUGCUGAAGCAGGCGUUUUAUGGUUUCGAGACCAUCACUUUCUAUUUCAAUCCGCACAUGAGGAAGAAGUAACCUAAGCGCUAGUAACACUGAAGAAAAACACUAAAAACAAGUAACACGUGUUCAACUAGAAAAAACGAAAAUACGAGGAAAGCCAAAAACAAGAAACAUCAAAAGCUUGAUCCGAUCACUCUUUAAAAAUGUCGCUAUAAAGCGUUCUUAGGAGUCUCUGCUGUCGCUACAGUACGGCGACAGACAGACUUAGGCGCGCGGGCUUUCUUCUACUUAUUCGAUUGUUGCUGUUCGGAACGUGACCCUCUCCCUGAAUGUAUGCAUCACCCAGAUCCGGGAUCAACGUAAACAACUAGGUUCUUUUUACACAUCAGUAUGAUAUUCCUGGAUGAUAACACUCUAUCUCUAAUUUCGAGCGAGCAAGACACUACUGGGAUAUUAGGAGCAGCUCUACUAGAAACGCGGCAGGGUGAUGCCGCAACAACGAUAACAGCAGGAGGUGAACGAGAUCCCAGCUCGAUAGUUGGAGGAAGUGGAGGUUCAUCGUCCAGUAAUCCUCUUGAGAAUUAUAGGCCGAAAUACGAAGAAAGUCCAGCUAUUUCCCUACCCAUUGGCACAUCAACGAACUUCGACGCGAUCAAGGAGCAACAGCAGCGUCUCGAAGAUAUUAAUUCUGACAGAGGUGCCCAAAGAACGGAGUUGGUGCUUCCAGAUGCCGCAACGGAGUUGGUGCUUCCAAGAACUGGCGCUGAUCAUAGGUUGCUAUCGAACCAGGAUCAUGUCGAGAAUGGACAGGCACUUGAAUCAACGAGAAUAGAAGAAAAGGGCGGUCUGUCUCAGACACGUAACAACACAGUUUUAGGUGGCUCAGUUCUAGGCGGCACAACUACAGAGUUGCAGUCCGGCGGAGGUGGUGGGGCACUAGACGGCACAACUCUAGUUGGGUUGGGGGCACGAAAUGCAUCGGAGGCCACAGCUUUGUCCGGGACUGUAUUGGGUGGCACACAGUUAGGCGGCACACAAAUCGCUAGUACAACGGUAAUAGUGGAACGUAGUGUGGAAGCAGUGGAACGUAGUGAGGAGGCGCCAUCUGCUUUGCGACCUGCACCUGUGAACGAAAAGCAGAAAUUAGAGGACCAAACUGCACUAGAGAACACCUUACUGUCUCCGCCAACUCCUGUAAAUGGAAUGAGUAGUACUACCCUACAGAACGCUACCCUACAGAACACUCAGCUUGUAGAUGCAGAGGACCUGGCAGAGGACCUGGAAACGACUAGAGCUGUGGCCGUGGAGGUAGAUACAACAGCGCAAGCUUUGACGAUAACUUAAGGCUAUACAAUCACUGCCUGGGUUACCCUCAGUCAGGAGUCAAGGGCGCUUUGAAGGGAAGGAAAGGGAACCCGCUCGCCAAUCAGGGAUAGUGAGUGUCUAGCACUAAGCAACUUCUCCAGCAGGUCGAGACCUCUUAGAUACCACGCCAACAGGUAUAAGAACUUUGGAGCCCGCCUCCGCCAUAGCAACUAGUUUCUCGCAGGCGCCAGCAGCAGGGAGAAAUCCGAUGCUCGAUAGCGUAGCUUCUUUUAAGGCUUCUGUCCUAAUCCAUCUCGUGAAGCAUCCUGUAAUGAUCCACGUUCAGAGAAGUCAUCCUAGGAGAGACGUUUUGCAAGGGGAAAAAAUUUGCACAGGAUGUCAUAUGUCAGGAUCGACCACUAGGGUGAGCUCGAAUUCUCCUGCGCGUGGCUUCUUUGGGAACGUUUCUACUAUACUAGCAGUGGAUGCGACGGCAUUGCCUGAGGACAAUACCUCGGUUGAUUUCGGCAGCCCGACUCUUCCAAAUAUCGAUGAUUAAGGCUACCACUCAAGAAGCAUCCUCAGCGUCAUACUAACUCUCAAGAAGCAUCCUCAGCGUGAUACUAACUUAGCCCUUUUAUUUUCUACUCGACAAUGGAGCCAAUAGCCCUUUUAUUUUCUACUCGACAAUGGAGCCAAGUAGGAUGAUAUCAGGGGAUGAAGGUGCUAUCGCGGUAGCUCUAAGCUGACACGCGAGUAGCGGCUAUGGAUGACUCACAAGCAGCUCUUGAUGACACGCGAGCAGCAAUCAACGUGGUUCCAGCUGAUCUUACCGUAGACGGCACGCGCUUGGAAGCGACAGUUCUCGACGGAACAAGGAUGGGAACUGCGUCAUCGAAUACUGUACUAAUUGCCGUUUUGAUAAUUCCAAGACAUUCGAUGGUCAGUACACAGAAGAUGAUCAUAAGUCAUGAUUUUAGUUGUAACAGAUCAUAAGUCGACAUGACAGCACGACCGUUUUUGAAUGUCUAAGUGCAUCAAUCCAAAUCGCAAUUUCAUCUACCAGUAAUCAACUUAAACAAUACUAUCGAAAACAUGACUACAGGUCAUCGAGGAGCCUAGCAAGGCAAGCGAUAAUACCAAAGUCGAAGGGACCAUCAUCAAACAAGACACUAAGGCAGAAGGAUCAGAAGGCCUAACUCGAAAAAUACCUGGUGAAGCAUCAAGUGUCUCUCGGCGGACGUCGCUGAUUGCAGCUAAGGAGGACGAUUACACUUACAGCAGCGACGAAUUUGAGUUCGAGGAUGAUGAUAGUCCGAUGUCACAAGCAUCGCCUGCGAAAACAACCGAGGAUAACAAGAAGGCUAUCUUUCCAAGUAGAGCUGCUCCGGUUGCAGCUUCUGUUCCUACUGGUGCAGGUGAAAGAGCAGUGGGUGAAAAAGCAGUGACAGAGAUACCAACAGCAACAGCACCAGCAGAUUCGUCUACCGUUGGUGCCAAAUUGCCUGACCCGCCAGCUCCAGCCAAAGCAUCUGAACCAGUCCCAAAGCUUGCUGGCAAAACACAAUUCUUAGAGGAAAAUGACUCAUCCUCGGGUGCAGAAAUCGAAGUAGAUGACUCCUCUGAUGACGACCUAGGCGAUUUACUCAGAAACAUCAAGGAUAGUCCGGUCUCUGCGCCAGAAGACAAGACCACAAAUUACGGCUUAUCAUCGAAUUGUAAUUCAUUUCAUCUACAAAGCAUUGUCAUUUUUCAGUGUAGUAUCUUAAUACUCGAUGAAAUAUUAUUCAGAAACUGAAACUGAGGACUGACUUGAAUUUUGAGCUCUAAACAAUGCAGGCCAGUGCUGCUGCUUCUGCAGGGGCACAAGACUUAACAGACGGCAACGUAGAUACGAUGAUAGCAGAGGAAUUGUCAAAAGCGCAGAUCGGAGAAGAUAUAAGCAUGUGAAGAACAGUACUACACCUAGAAACUUAGACUUUUUAAUUCCAUUGAGAAUGAAGAUGCUGAGGACUAGCCAACAAUCAAAAUGUUUAGCUACUUAGAAAAUAUGUUGAAGUUUCUGCUUAAUAGCGUGAUAAAAUUUUCCUAGAGUCGAGUGAGAAAACAUCACAACUUGCCCCGAGUGAAGUGCACAAAGAGCCCGCAUACUAAUGUUUUCCCGUACGAACGAUUCCAGGUAGAAUUCGCGUCAGAGGCAACAGUGGAUGCUUGUUAACGGGGGUGACCGCGACCGGCAGCAUAGAAUCGGCGUUGAAUGUCAUCACCGAUUGAACGACGCUUACUUCAAAAAACGGCGUUGUUUUUCACGGCUCUUUAGCCGAGUCAUGGGAAUUCACUAUGACUAACUGAAACUUUUUUCUUUUACCACAGCACUACGUACGUAUUACGUUUCUAGUAAGGGGCUUUGCUAGAAUUUACUACACUACUCAUCUAUUCUUCAAUCACGGCUUCGAGAUUUUACAAGCGAUGAAAAUCUUCGAUGAAUAAUUCCUCUGAUAACCAACGCAAUGAGGUUUAGUUGGAUAUUGUUACUACUUACACGAAAUAUUGAUACUGCUCAUGUUGCCGAGAGCAUACUCAACGACACAUUCUGAAGCAAAAUAUGGACUUUCUAUGAACAACGCCAUUUGAUUAUCAACGCCAUUAUAUGAACUGCGAGACAGUACCAAGAAGAAAGUAAGACGUCUAAAGAAACGCACAGUGAAACCAGAAAACCCACAGUUGUAAAACAAGAAAAACUUGUAUGACAAGGCUUUUUGCUUUUUGGAUAUAAUAAAUAACGGAA